AUGCAAGCCGCGCUCCAGCAGGACCAAGCUCUGAAGGAUGCCCAGGCUGCAGCCGAGGCCAGGCUCGCGGAGGUCGUGGAGGAUUCCACGAACUCCAACACGGUGCUGAUGACGGAGCUGGAGGAAGAAAGGAAGGCGCGGAAGGCAGCGGAGCACCGUAUUGAGGUCAUGACCACUGAUCACAGAGAAUAUGAUCAGCUGGUUAUGCAGAUCGACGCGCUGGCUCUCCAACACUUCCCGGACUCCCAGAGUCAUCGCCGGCAUGGCAAGCGGCACCUCCUCCGCGGCGUGCUACCAACGGUGGACGGGUACUACGGCAACUGCGUGUAUCUCGCGUCCGUUGCAUCCACUGGCAGGGCCGUCCGGGAGUCGCCACUGGCGGUGCUUGUCGGCGCGGUACGGGAAGCGAAGGAGGCCAUCGCUGCGGGGUUCGCGGACUGGAUGCGCGGCGACGGUUUCUACAACGUGUCGCUGGACUACAACACGACGAUUCUGUCGGACUGGAGCCGCCUAGGGUUCGACGAGGUGGACUACGGCUUCGGCGUGCCCAGUUACGUGUUCCCGCACAACGACCAUGUUGACUUCGUGCCGGUGUUGAACUACGUCAGCCCGCCGGCGCCCAGGCGCGGAGGCAUCCGGGUGGUGCUCCGGUGCGUCGAGGAACAUCACGCCGCCGUGUUAGCCGUCGAGCUCGCAAAAUUCGCCUAAUUAUUCUCCUUCUCUUGGGCAUGUAGGACAUGUUCAGGUGAGAUGAGACGUUUUAAACUCGGUGGUUGAUGGUAGUGAAUAACUCGGUGGGGGGCAAUU